CGGGUAUUGGAUCAACUUCGGGUCGAAUUAUUUCGAAUAUCACAUCAAUUUUAGGUCGGGUACAAUUAGGUCAAGUCAACUUCAGGUAUCAAGUUAAGUACUCCACUUCAAAUCGGGUAAUUUUCAGGUUGAUUAUUUCGGGUCAUUUUUCGGAUUACGGGUCGGGUCGGGAUUGCCGGGUCUAAAUUCUGAACUGCCCCAUCAUCAGCAGAACUCUCUGCUCACCGUGCUCGAUAGUUAGACAAAAAAAUGUGGAGAGUGAGACGUUUCACAAACCAAGCAUCCACUGUAAGACGAUCAAUUCUAAGUUCUCGGAAACAAUUUGCAAAUCAUGAAUCUUUCACAUUUUCCCCAUUUUCUCAUCCUUCAAACUCUACCUCUGUCCGCUUUCUCGAUUUCUACCAGAUGGGUAACAAAGAUGCAAUUGAGAAAGAACGUGCUCGACUUAAAGAUGAGAUGAGUAGGGGAUAUUUUGCUGAUAUGUCUGAUCUCAAAAAAAAUGGUGGCAAGAUUGCUAUGGCAAGUAAGACUCUAAUCCCUGCUGCUGUAGCUGCAAAGUUUCCAUCAGUGGAAGUUAGUUAUUCUGAUGGUAAAAGUUUUAAGCUCCCUAUUGGGUCAGAUGGAAAUGUGGUUGAUCGCGACAAUGUGGAUCUUCCUAAAGCAACUUUACUUUGUCUGUCGUUUCGUGCUAGUUCUCAGGCAAUGAAUGAUACUUGGAGCAAACCAUUUCUGAAUGCUUUCGGUGAUUCCAAGAAUAUCCACCUUUACGAGGUAUCAUUUGUGGACUCAUGGUUACUGUCACGAAAUCCUGUGAAGUGGCUCUUGCUUCGAAUGAUGAAAAAAUCAAAUCCAGCUGAGAAUUCAGGCGCUCUGCAAAGACAGUUAGUCUAUUCUUUUGGCGAUCACUAUUACUUCAGAAAGGAGCUCAAGAUAUUGAACCUUUUGACUGGGUACAUGUUCUUGCUAGAUAGUUUCGGUAGAAUAAGAUGGCAGGGUUAUGGAGCAGCAACAGAAGAGGAGUUAUCAUCACUUCUUUCAAGCACUUCUCUUCUACUGGAAGAAAAGUAAGCUGUCAAAAUCGUUUAAUGUCAGCAGCUGUUAACGUGGAUCAUCUGUCAAAAUUUUGGAACAUAACAUGAAUAAAGAAACUUCUGGGACUACUUUAGUAAAAAGAAGCAUUGAUCACUUGUUAUCUUUGUCUCUAUCAACCGUAAUUUCCCAGUGGGGAUUGACAGCACAAGUCACCCUUAUAAAGAUACCCCCCAUUACUUUGGGUUAUGUUGUUUGCUUGCUUGAUGCACCCACCAAGCUAGCAUUAGAGGUUCUCAUUUCAAUCUUAACUUCGACCUACAAACACCCCUUUUUGGUCUUUGAGCUCUAUAGGGAUUUAGAGUUUCAGAUUACACUUCGGUUUGGUUAUUGUAUUUUGAGAAGAUUCCUCAUUUAUAAUGUUAGUUUACCCCCAAGUAUCCCCUGUGAUGGCCUGAUGGGGCUUGAAUUUUUGAGUGUGGGUGUAUACAUUGCGUUUUAAUUACAUAUAUAAGCAAAAUGUGUAGUCAUGCCAUAUUGUGUUUUGUAUUCUUCUGUUAAGUCUAAUGGUGACCUCUAAUUACUGCACUUUC